AUGCCCAAACUGCAGGGCUUUGAGUUCUGGAGCUGCACCCUGAGGGGGGCCCGCCAUGUGGUAGCCCCCAUGGUGGACCAGAGCGAGCUGGCCUGGAGGUUGUUGAGUCGCCGGCAUGGGGCCCAGCUGUGCUACACCCCCAUGCUGCACGCCCAGGUGUUUGUGCGUGAUGCCAAUUACCGCAAGGAGAACCUGUACUGCGAGGUGUGCCCCGAGGACCGGCCCCUCAUCGUCCAGUUCUGUGCCAACGACCCUGAAGUAUUUGUGCAGGCUGCUCUCCUGGCCCAGGAUUACUGUGACGCCAUCGACCUCAACCUAGGCUGCCCGCAGAUGAUCGCCAAGAGGGGCCACUAUGGUGCCUUUUUGCAGGAGGAGUGGGACCUGCUUCAGAGGAUGAUUACGCUGGCCCACGAGAAGCUCUCUGUUCCCGUAACGUGUAAAAUCCGUGUCUUCCCGGAAAUUGACAAGACAGUGAGGUAUGCGCAGAUGCUGGAGAGAGCUGGCUGCCAGCUACUGACUGUGCAUGGACGCACCAAGGAGCAGAAGGGGCCCCAGGCCGGCCCUGCAUCCUGGGAACACAUCCGAGCCGUGCGGAAGGCCGUGAGCAUUCCUGUGUUUGCCAACGGGAACAUCCAGUGUCUGCGGGAUGUGGAACGCUGCCUGCAGGACACAGGCGUACAGGGUGUCAUGAGCGCAGAGGGGAACCUGCACAACCCUGCCCUGUUCGAGGGCAGCAGUCCUGCCGUGUGGGAGCUCGCUGAGGAGUACUUGGAUCUGGUGCGACAGCACCCGUGUCCUCUGUCUUACGUCCGUGCUCAUCUCUUCAAACUGUGGCACCACACGCUGCAGGUCCAUCAGCACCUCCGGGAGGACCUGGCCAAGGCAAAGACCCUGGAGGACACAGCCGCUGUGAGCCAGGCACUCAGACUACAGUGUCAGGAGGACAUGUCCCGACAAGAGGGAGAGAAGCCCUCAGGGGGCUUGCCUUUCUUCCACUGGAUCUGUCAGCCCUAUGUGCGGCCAGGGCCACAGGAGGGCAGCAAGGAGAAUAGCCCCGCUCGCAGCAAGCGGGCCCUGGAAGAGGAGGGGGACCACCCUGAGGUCUUGUCCAAGAACAAGCAGAAGAAGAAGCUGAGGAACCCCAAUAAGACCUUCGAUCCCUCACUCAAACCAAAAUAUGCAAAAUGUGACCAAUGUGGAAACCCAAAGGGUAACAGGUGCGUGUUCAAUCUGUGCCGGGGCUGCUGCAAGAAGAGAGCCUUCAGGGAGUCCGCAGACUGCCCAGGUCAUGGGCUGCUGUUCAAGACCAAACUGGAGAAGUCUCAGGCCUGGAAGGGGGACCAGCCCCGGCUGCAGGAGCCACCUCUGCCCGGGCCCAGUGGGCCAGGCAGCCUCCCUGAAGUCUUGGGCAGUGCUGUGGCCUGA